AUGGCUUACCGCGCAAACUACUCCGGCGAGACUCGUUCACCGCCCCAGCAGUAUGACGAUACGCCGUAUAAUCCGUACGAUAAUGAGCCGGCGCACCCAACCUAUGAUCAGGCGGGAUAUGGGUACGACAGUGGGACCUAUGGUGGAUAUCGCGAUGACCCUACCCCAGUAGCAAGUAAGGAGAGGGAUAGGAGCGUCUUUGAGGCCGAUGAAGCAGUCCCCCGGCCGCGAGGCCCCAAAAACUCAAGAAACUUGAGGAACUGGCGAAGUGAGUCUCAGGGUAACCUGUGGACGAGAGGAAGCGGUGUAUGGUGCUUCGGCAGGUUCUUUUGCUGCACUAUCAUGAUCUUCCUGUUCCUUGCCAUCAGCAUUAUUAUUUCUUUGGCGCUGUGGAUUAGACCACCCAAUGUCGUUGUCAAUGAGCCGACUAUCUCUUCCACCAAUCCUGUUAAUCUGACCAGCGAUGGUCUUACUGUGAAUUUGGAUGUUAACGUCAGCGUCAGCAACCCCAACUACUUAUCUGUCAACUUGAAGACUGUUACUGCAGACCUAUUCUAUCCUCUGAGCGGUAACGAGACUGCGAUCGGAAGUGGCACAGCAAAGAACAUCGAUUUCAGGUCCGACAAACAGACCAACUUCACGCUACCCAUUGCGCUGCAGUACAAUAUGACCAACGACCCUGGGUUCAAGAUCCUCAUCAGCCUGGCCGGAAAGUGCGGUAUCAUACCAGGGCAGGCAUCAUCGGACAUUACCGUUGACUACAAGAUUAUUUUGGACAUGAGGGUACUGCUCAUCCCCGUUAAGCCUACUAUCAACAGCAAUUUUAACUUUGCUUGCCCGUUGAGCGCGAGUGAAAUCGGAGACUUACUGAAAUCGGCCGGGUUAGACUUGAGCGGCCUGGGUGGGCUACUAUGA